AUUCUGAUAUUAUAACAUUUCACCUUAUUCACAACAAAAUAUUUUAAACAGAAUGCCUGUUUCUCCGUCGUCAGUAUCUGUGCUACCGCCAACUAGCCUCGAACAGAUUCUUCGAAUUCGUGCAGAGAGGAAUCAAAGGACUCCGAAAUGCGCGAGAUGUCGGAAUCACGGAACUACUUCUGCAUUGAAAGGUCACAAACGUUACUGUCAAUGGAAGGAUUGUAUGUGUGCAAAGUGCACAUUAAUUGCCGAAAGACAACGAGUUAUGGCUGCUCAGGUUGCUCUUCGUCGUCAGCAAUCUCAGGAAGAAAGAGACGCAAGAGAUUUGGAAGUACUUCUGGGUUCUGCUGGAAAUGCGAAUGAUCUCCUCGAUAUUCUUCGUCUCGAUGCCGGUGAACAUCACGGGAAAAACCACGCUUCUCCGACGACCAACAACAAUAAUAAUACUGAAGAAAAAUACGAAGACUCACAGGGACAACGGAGUUCACCAAGCUCUCCAACAGGUUCUGAAACUGUUGUAAGCACUUCUUCCCCACCUGAGCUCUCAUCUGAAUCAACACCAAAUACCAGUGGCUCAGUGAUUCCAACAAGUCCAGUUUUCAAACCAAAUGGAUACUCUUCAAUGCCAAUGUUCAAUCCUGUGUAUGGAAGACCAUUCAUGAGAUUUCCGAUGUUUUCAGUGAUGCCGCAUUUCUUCGGAACUCCAUCAAUGUCAGAUUUCGCAUCUGCUGCGAGCCUCGCAGCUCCACCAGCGUUCUUCUCAGCCCAGCCAACAAUUGCCACGUCAUCACCGAGCACAAUUUUCCCACAAACUGCUCCAUUGGAUUACAGUCAUCGUUUAAUGAAAAAUGAGGAAGCCGAAGAAGAAUACCGAGAAAAUGAUAAAACAUUUUGAGAAAUUGAAUAUUUUUUCUUAUCGUCAGAAUCAGAGUUCCAAUACUUUGUAUAUUUUUAUAUGGUCACAUUUAAAAUUGUAUUUAUGAUUUGUCUUCAAUUAAAAAAAACUAAACUGAAUAAAAAAUCUUAUUAAAA